AAGGAUUAGCUGAGAAUUCGGCCUUUAAUGAAUCAAAUUCACGUUUGGCCUCUUUUAAUGAUUCCACAACAGGAGUACGAUUAACUGUUGAAUUAGUUCUUAGCGGAGCAAAGCAAGUAAAUAAGGCAACAAAUUCCCCAGAUAAAGGAGAGCUUAAAAGAGAAUGA